ACACCGGAAAUGACAUCAGUAAGUAAACAGUACCCCUGUCAUUGGAGAGCGAUUUAUGUUUUGAAGCAAACUAAGAAUUCAAGGAGCGAGGUAUAGUCAAGUGUGUAUUACGGGGGAUGGUGCGUCGCUUGGCGUUCGAGCAGCUGCCGUUCUUCCCGAUAAAAGGUGUUCCCAGCACAGGGGUGCUAUGUUCACAGACAUGGAAUUUGAAUUGGAAGAGGAUAAAUUAGGGAUACCUACAGUACCUGGGACGGUAUGUCUGAAAAAAGACGCAAACAACCUAAUUGGAAUCAGCAUCGGUGGCGGUGCUCAAUACUGUCCCUGUCUCUACAUUGUCCAGGUGUUUGACAACACGCCCGCAGCCUUGGAUAAGACGCUUGCAGCAGGUGAUGAAAUCACAGGCGUCAAUGGCAAACCAGUCAAGGGGAAGACAAAAGUGGAAGUGGCCAAGAUGAUUCAAGCUGUACAGUCCGAAGCAGUAAUCCACUACAACAAAUUGCAAGCAGACCCAAAACAGGGAAAGUCCCUGGACAUAGUGCUGAAAAAAGUGAAACAUCGGCUGGUGGAAAAUUUGAGCUCUGGCACCGCAGACGCCCUGGGACUCAGUCGAGCUAUUUUAUGCAACGAUGGACUUGUUAAAAGACUGGAAGAAUUGGAGAAAACAGCAGAACUUUACAAAGGCCUGAUGGAGCACACCAAGCGACUGCUCAGAGCCUUUUUUGAGCUCUCACAAACGCACAGAGCGUUUGGAGAUGUUUUUUCUGUCAUCGGAGUGCGAGAGCCCCAAACCGCUGCCAGCGAGGCCUUUGUGAAGUUUGCCGACGCUCAUCGCAACAUCGAGAAAUACGGCAUUCAGUUGCUGAAGACCAUCAAGCCUAUGCUUCAUGAUUUGAACACCUACCUUCACAAGGCCAUACCCGACACCAAGCUCACCAUUCGCAAGUACCUGGAUGUGAAGUUUGAAUAUUUGUCGUACUGCCUAAAGGUGAAAGAAAUGGACGAUGAAGAAUACAGCAGCAUUGCCAUGGGAGAACCUCUGUAUCGCGUCUGCACUGGAAACUAUGAGUACCGCCUGGUGCUGCGCUGUCGGCAGGAGGCUCGGUCGCGUUUUGCCAAGAUGAGGAAAGAUGUUCUGGAAAAGAUCGAGCUACUGGACCAGAAGCACGUCCAGGACAUAGUCUUCCAGCUGCAGCGCUUCGUGUCAGGCAUGUCCCGCUACUACGACGAGUGCUACGCCGUGCUGAAGGAGGCCGACGUGUUCCCCAUCGAGGUGGACCUCUCCCGCACCACCAUCAACUACAGCAGCCAGUCCUUGGCCUACACUGACGAGGAUGAGGGCGAGGACGGUGGGGGAGGAGCCGAGGAAGGAGGAAGCGGCGAAGGCGUCCGGGCAGAGAACGGAGACGAGAAACUGAUCGAUGACGACUGAGUCACGUGACGUGUGUGUGGCGCCACCGCUCUCAUGUUUACUCUUAACGUUGUCCGGGUGGGACGAUCAUGUUUGAAUGAAGACUACUGAAAUGCUGCUUUAGGACCUCUUGAUGUUUAUUUUAAAAAUAGUUUUUCCCCACCUGAUCAGGUUGAUGAUAAAUAACUAUGAUGGAAACAGCAAAUGUUUUUGCUUACGAAGCGCAUGUGAUUUGUGCCUUCUAAUUUUAAGUCAGGAGUGGGCUGUGGUUCUCAAACUUUGUUCACCAAGUAGCACCUCAGAAGCUCUCCAAGCACCACCAUGAUGACCAACAGUAGCAUAGUAGGCUUAAGUAUUCAUCCAAAACAUGGCAGAGGUUUUAUUAAACAAGUAUAUGUAAUAUAUUUGACGGCUGUAAUAUCACAGUUUGAACAGUAACACUGUGUUUGAAUAUUUAAUGAAGUGAUUAUUUGGCGUACCACUGGACACAGUUUGAGAAUCACUGCUAAAGAUUUGUGCUACAUGUUUGUUUGUUGGGGCAGUGAGGGAUGGUGCUGCAGUUACAUGUUUGUUUGUUGGGGCAGUGAGGGAUGGUGCUGCAGCUACAUGUUUGUUUGUUGGGGCAGUGAGGGAUGGUGCUGCAGCUACAUGUUUGUUUGUUGGGGCAGUGAGGGAUGGUGCUGCAGUUACAUGUUUGUUUGUUGGGGCAGUGAGGGAUGGUGCUGCAGCUACAUGUUUGUUUGUUGGGGCUGUGAGGGAUGGUGCUGCAGCUACAUGUUUGUUUGUUGGGGCAGUGAGGGAUGGUGCUGCAGCUACAUGUUUGUUUGUUUGUUGGGGCAGUGAGGGAUGGUGCUGCAGCUACAUGUUUGUUUGUUGGGGCAGUGAGGGAUGGUGCUGCAGCUACAUGUUUGUUUGUUGGGGCAGUGAGGGAUGGUGCUGCAGUUACAUGUUUGUUUGUUGGGGCAGUGAGGGAUGGUGCUGCAGCUACAUGUUUGUUUGUUGGGGCAGUGAGGGAUGGUGCUGCAGCUACAUGUUUGUUUGUUGGGGCAGUGAGGGAUGGUGCUGCAGUUACAUGUUUGUUUGUUGGGGCAGUGAGGGAUGGUGCUGCAGUUACAUGUUUGUUUGUUGGGGCAGUGAGGGAUGGUGCUGCAGUUACAUGUUUGUUUGUUGGGGCAGUGAGGGAUGGUGCUGCAGUUACAUGUUUGUUUGUUGGGGCAGUGAGGGAUGGUGCUGCAGCUACAUGUUUGUUUGUUGGGGCAGUGAGGGAUGGUGCUGCAGCUACAUGUUUGUUUGUUGGGGCAGUGAGGGAUGGUGCUGCAGUUACAUGUUUGUUUGUUGGGGCAGUGAGGGAUGGUGCUGCAGCUACAUGUUAGUUUGUUGGGGCAGUGAGGGAUGGUGCUGCAGCUACAUGUUUGUUUGUUGGGGCAGUGAGGGAUGGUGCUGCAGCUACAUGUUUGUUUGUUGGGGCAGUGAGGGAUGGUGCUGCAGCUACAUGUUUGUUUGUUGGGGCUGUGAGGGAUGGUGCUGCAGCUACAUGUUUGUUUGUUGGGGCAGUGAGGGAUGGUGCUGCAGCUACAUGUUUGUUUGUUGGGGCAGUGAGGGAUGGUGCUGCAGCUACAUGUUUGUUGGGGCAGUGAGGGAUGGUGCUGCAGCUACAUGUUUGUUGGGGCAGUGAGGGAUGGUGCUGCAGCUACAUGUUUGUUUGUUGGGGCAGUGAGGGAUGGUGCUGCAGCUACAUGUUUGUUUGUUGGGGCAGUGAGGGAUGGUGCUGCAGCUACAUGUUUGUUGGGGCAGUGAGGGAUGGUGCUGCAGCUACAUGUUUGUAGGGGCUGUGAGGGAUGGUGCUGCAGCUACAUGUUUGUUGGGGCAGUGAGGGAUGGUGCUGCAGCUCUCACACUUUCUGCUUGACAGCUGCACGACAAAAGGGAGCUCUUCUAAAAAGAUUCACAACCAAAGUCUUUAUUAAUCCAGGUCGUUCCAUCGUGUGCUAACUUGAUCUGCAUAAACCAUGUUGUGAAAAUGCAAACACUACUUGUAAAUAGCAACGUUGAAGGGAACUACUGCUGAAUAUUUUCAAUUGUACCACUUUGUUAUUUAUUCUUUAUUUACACUUGCCAAAAAGUGCUUCUAUGAAAAUAUAUUUAUCUGUCGCUUAGAAUUGCAUCUUUUGGGAAACAGGUCUAAAAAGGUAUCUUCUCCACUGAGUAUAUUUUGUCCAUGUACUGUAUACCAUUUCAAAAAUAAAUGGGCUGAA